CAACUUUGUUUGGAGGAAGGCUGAAUGCUGUCUUCUCCUGGCCACCGUCCUACCUGCAGAGUUGGGUCAAGUCAAGUGGACCUGUGCUUAAUAACAUUUUCAACAUGGCAACCACAGCAUUAAGAUCCGUGCUGAAGGCAAAGGUUCCGCUUAGAGUUGGCCGCAUGUGCUACUCUUCCUCAGUGCCCACAACCAAGCUUUUUAUUGAUGGGAAGUUUGUUGAAUCCAAGACUACAGAAUGGCUGGAUGUUCACAAUCCUGCAACCAACGAGGUAGUCUACCGUGUACCCAAAGCCACCCAGGAGGAGAUGCUGGCUGCUGUGGACUCCUGCUCCAGAGCCUUUCCCUCUUGGUCCGAGACCUCCAUCUUGGCUCGGCAACAGGUCUUCCUGCGCUAUCAGCAACUUAUCAAGGACAACAUUAAAGAACUUGCAAAGUCAAUCACAGUGGAGCAGGGCAAGACCCUUGCAGACGCAGAGGGGGAUGUGUUCAGAGGAUUGCAGGUUGUAGAGCACGCCUGCAGCAUCACCUCCCUGAUGCUCGGUGAAACUCUUCCCUCCAUCACAAAGGACAUGGACACCUACACUUACCGCCUCCCCAUAGGAGUGUGCGCUGGCAUUGCCCCUUUCAACUUCCCUGCCAUGAUCCCUCUAUGGAUGUUCCCCAUGGGCAUGGUGUGCGGUAACACCUACCUGCUGAAGCCUUCGGAGCGGGUGCCAACCUGUACCAUGCUUCUGGCCAAGAUGCUGCAGGAUGCUGGCGCUCCAGACGGGACACUCAACAUCAUCCACGGCCAACAUAAUGCUGUUAACUUCAUCUGUGAACAUCCUGCUAUCAGAGCCAUUAGCUUUGUUGGCUCCAAUCAAGCUGGGGAGUAUAUUUACGAGAAGGGAUCUAAAAAUGGCAAGAGGGUCCAGUCCAACAUGGGAGCCAAGAACCAUGGUGUGGUGAUGCCUGAUGCAAACAAGGAGAACACUCUGAACCAGCUUGUGGGUGCAGCAUUCGGGGCAGCAGGACAGCGCUGCAUGGCUCUGUCCACGGCCAUCCUUGUGGGCGAGGCCCGGAGCUGGCUACCGGAGCUGGUGGAUCGUGCCAAGGCCCUGCGAGUGAACGCAGGAGACCAGCCUGGAGCAGACGUGGGGCCCCUGAUUUCUCCGCAGGCUAAAGAGAGAGUAUGCAGUCUGAUCCAGAGUGGAGUGGAUGAGGGAGCUAAGAUGCUCCUGGACGGCAGAAACGUCAACGUCAAAGGUUAUGAGAACGGCAACUUUGUGGGUCCAACUAUCAUUGGCAAUGUCACACCUCAGAUGAAGUGCUACACCGAGGAGAUUUUUGGGCCUGUAUUGGUCGUUCUCGAGGCAGACACUCUGGAUGAUGCCAUCAGUAUGGUCAACAAGAACGUCUAUGGCAACGGAACAGCUAUCUUCACCACAAAUGGUGCCACUGCACGCAAAUACACUCAUGAGGUGGACGUGGGCCAGAUCGGAGUCAAUGUUCCCAUCCCGGUUCCUCUACCCAUGUUCUCCUUCACUGGAUCAAGAGGAUCCUUCAGAGGGGACAUGAACUUCUAUGGAAAACAAGGUAUCCAGUUCUACACACAAAUAAAAACGGUAACCUCACAGUGGAAAGCCGAAGACGCCACUUUGAAAACUCCUGCAGUCACCAUGCCAACUAUGGGACGCUAAAUACUCCAUCCAAGUGCUACUGGUCAGUCCAAAUAACCAGAUGACCUAGACACCUUCCAUCCACAAAAUAUAACAAUGCUCAAUGUGAAUAAUUUAAUACAUUUUAAGUAACACUUUUACUUUGAAGGACUUUGUUCUAGAUUUGAUACUUUGAAAUAAAACCACUGUGAGCAAGAUUUAA